AUGGCGACCACGCCCGCCGACGUCAUCAUCGGGAGUGUCCGCCAGCGCGUGGCGUUCAUCCACUCGCAGGUCGCCUUGGGCAUGCCCCGCGACCAGAUCAUCGCCUCGCAAGUGAACGCCCUCAUCUCGUUCAUCGGCCAGCAGUCCAACCUCGACAUCGCGACCGUCACCACCGUGGGGACCGAGCUCGUGGUAGGCCCAUGGUCAGAUGACCAGCGCAUCGCCAUCGCGACAGCGCUGUCGAAUGCCAUGGGCGGCGCUGUCCCAAGCCAUGGCGGCAGGAAGCAGCAAGAAUGCAACUGGUUGGAGCGGUACCUGACCCAGAGCGACUGGACCGCGAUCAAGAGCACCGACCUCUCCAGCGACGCCAAGCUGCGUGUGGUGGGCUCCCGCAUGUGGCGCAUCGGCAUUACGUGUCCGAAGGAAGCGUGCCUCGAGCGUGGCGCUGCCAUCGUCUAUGCCGUGGGUGGCACAGGCGUACUGCCCGCGUCCAUGCUGAAGGCCAUGUGCGACAAGCUGAAGGAGUUCGUCAAGGACUUCGACCGAGCCACGCCCCAGACGUUCCCGCACAUUCAGAAGUACCCGAUGGACCCCAUGUAUCUGGGCGCCCCUCGUCGCAACUUCGCCUACGGCGACGACGUGCCUGUCGAUGAUGUUGAGGCGACGCACGAGGUGAUCACGCAAGCGGCAUCGGGCAUAUUCUACCGUGGCACCGCCAAAGCUCUGAAGGGAGCUCAGCCUUCAACGACGGCGCUGGUGGCCGCAAAGGCGUCAGCACCACCAGGUGGACUGCUCGCCGCGAACGGCCCCCAGGACAUCCAGUCGAUGAUCGCGCAGGUCGGGAACCAGAUCGUGCAGGGGCUCUUCGGUGGCUCCAUGGGGCAAGGGCCCGUGCCAGGAUUACAGAUCUUCGCGGACAAGCUGUAUCGGCAACCGUCGAAUCGGUCUGUCAGGACCCCGCAGUCGGAGCCAGGGGCCCCCAACACCGUGUUCGGCGGCGAGGUCAGCACCACGUUCGGUGGCAGCCCAUCCGACAACGAGUUGGGCCGCCACGUGGACGCGCCGCUCGUCCAGGCAUCGGCGUGCAAGCCCGCCGAGCCAGCGCACGUGCCAGCCCCUGGCGCGGGCGCAGCAGGCGCGGCUGCGGAGGUGGACGCAGCUGCCGAGAUCGAGGGCAGGAUGAGGGAGGCCGCCGUUGCUGCAGGGCACGCGUUGGGUAAGAUCCCCAUGAAGCGCAAGAAGGCUGCUGCCGCUUGCUCCGAGGGGGAGCUCGACAAGGCCGAGCCCAAGCCGAAGCCGAAGGGCAAGGCCAAGGCGAAGGGCCAUGCCAAGGCGAAGGCGAGCGCCAAGGGCACGACCAAGGGCGCCAAGCGGUGCGGCUCGGACCCCGCAGGCAAGGUCGACAUCAAGGACCUGUUGAAGCCGAGCCAGAUCGGGGACAGGGAUAAGAACACGUACGCCAGCUGGGUGUACGGCAGGGCCCGCGCCAGGGCGGCUGCGCUGGGGCUCUCGGGGGAUAGCGUUUCAGAGGUUGGCCGUUCAGCGUAUCGGUCGGCUGCCGCAGUCUGGGACAAAGGUGCGAAGUAG